UCGGGCGAUAGCACCUCUCGCAGUCAGUAUAUUUACGAUAUUCACGGAUGAUCGGGCCAUCGUGCUUCGGGUGAAAUCGGUUCCAGGAGUAGUGGGUGGCAAUAGGCGCCACCACCAGCAGCAGCUGCGGAAAAUGGAACAAACACUUGUUGAUAGCGCCCGGAGACAGACGUUGUCCUUUGCUGCACCGCGGAAACGGCGACCGACGACGAACGGCGGCGGCAGUCAGUGUGCCAACCGAAAUCGAAUGAACAAUCAUAUUUGUGUGUGGCAGCGCUGGAUAUGGCGCCGAACUGUGAAUCGAUUGAUUAAAUAUUAAUGUGAUUAGUUUAGCAGUCGAAUGACGAGUGAUACUGAUGUCCGGAUAAGUGCCAACCUGUCGUCGGAAGUAUGGUUAACGCUGUUUAGAAUAUUAGUCGCAGAGUAUCGGAGUUUGUUUGCGCUAGCUUUGUAGGAAAAUCACGGCUCAUUUGCUACAAUAUGUUUUCCUUUAUCGGGGAGGGCCAGAGGCACAACCGGGCCUUUAUCGCUUUUAUCGUUUAUAUCACGUUGUUUUUGGAUAAUAUGCUUCUAACGGUUAUUGUGCCAAUUCUCCCGGACUACUUGAGUCACUACUACUCCCAAUCGAACACAUCGUUCAGCAUUCCGAAAAGUGUUAUCUACAAAAACUUUGACCUGCACUAUGUACCCAAACUAAUCGGGGCCAGCACCGGCAAUGUGUCUCUGAAGAGCUUCACCGGAUCCACCAUCCCGCAGGAAUCACUUGAGUCGGAAAACCGAUCCAUCGGAAUCCUCCUGGCCGUGAAGGCUUUGGUGCAACUGUUCUUCAACCCUAUUGUUGGGAACAUUUCCUCGAAGCUCGGCUACAGCAUUCCGAUCGCUUUCGGAACGUUCUGUCUAUUUUUGGCAUCGGUUAUUUUCGCCUUCGGACAGUCAUACGCAUCGUUGUUUGUGGCGCGAGCCAUCCACGGGGUGGGGUCGGCAUGUGUUUGCGUUUGCGGUAUGAGCCUGGUGGCGCAGCUGUUUACGGAACCGGACAAGCGCUCCAGAAUCAUGGGAACGAUACUGGGCAGCAUUGCUGUCGGAGUGCUGGUCGGAUACCCGUUCGGAGGAAUUGCUUACGACAUCGUGGGGAAGGCAGCACCGUUUCACAUUUUGACCGUUAUGUGCAUGAUGGUACUGGUGGUGCAAAUGAUAAGCCUAGAUUUCUCCUAUCGUCAUCAAUCGUCGUCGGUGGUUGCAGACGAGGGCCACUCCCGGUGGAUUCCUCUAUUGACCGAUCGCUUGAUUCUGGUGAUCAUUGGUGCAAUUUGGAUUUCAACAUCUGCCAUGUCCAUCCUGGAACCUUGUUUGCCGUUGUGGAUGAUUAGCGUUCUGCAUCCGAAGAAGUGGCAGCUCGGGACAGUGUUCAUCCCGGAUUCUAUCGGAUAUUGGAUCGGAACGAAUUUCUUCGGAGGAAUUGCAUACAAAAUCGGUCAGAUAAAAAUUGCGAUAAUUUCUCUCACCGUAGUAGGAGCGUCCUGCAUUAUAAUACCCUCAGCUUCGUCUGUUUUUGGACUACUAUUGCCGCAUUUCAGCUUGGGAUUGGGAAUCGGUGUACUGGAUGCAGCAUUAGUACCUCUACUGGCAACGAUAGUGGACAGUCAAUGUGAAAGCGACAACGAAAGCGAUAUAUGUGAAUCAUCCCCAAAUUAUGGAGCUGUUUACGCCAUACAACAAAUUGCAGUAAGCCUCGCGUACUCCCUGGCACCUAUUCUUGGAGGAGAACUGGUUCCGUGGAUUGGGUUUCCAUGGCUUAUGCGUGUUAUGGGACUACUAAAUCUCGCGUAUGGACCUUUUCUGGUUUAUUCGGGAAUUCGUGAAAACGUGAGAUGUAUGCUACAAAAACGAACCGAGCUGCCCCUGGCGUCGGUGGAAUUUGCGCAUGCCAAUGCAGAAGGAAGCUACAAGCGGCUUUAUAACUCUACAGAUUAAUGCUAAGAGCGAGGACUGGCAAAUGUGAAGGAAGGAUGGUUUACUACUUGAUGUAGCAUACGUUACUGAAUGUUGCGGCGAAGGAAACUAAUGGUUACAACCUAGUAUAGUGAUUAAAAAGUAUUCGAGUAAA